AUAUUUUGUAAGUAACUAAUAAGUAUAACCCUCUUUCUCUCUGUUUUCACUCUAAAGAAAAGAAUAGGCGAAACCAAAUAUGUCUAGGAAGAGGCCUAUAGAUAUCAAAGAAGAGCUUGGUGAUGGGGGAUCAACGAUGGAGCGUGUUUGCAGAAGUUGUAAGAAGAAUAUUGUCGAGAUAGACGACGGCGAUGAUGAGUUUUUAAUGAUUAAGGCAGAACACAAUAUCCACGACAUUGCCAAAUUUCAGAUACGUCCAUCUGCAGGGAUAGACAAGCUUAUUGAAGAAGUGGCUAAGAGACUUAGUUUUAGACUUGGAAGUUUUAAAUUGAAGUAUGAGGAUGAAGAUUUAGACGAGGUCUUGUUAGCCUGCGAUGAUGAUUUGCGUCUUUGUGCCAAGAAUUUUGGAAAAAUGGGCAAAUCUUUUCUCCGGGUCUUUGUCGAUCGAAAAUAAGCCAAAAGAUUUGAUACUAUGAACAACUGUUUGAUUU